GGUAAGACACAAUAGUACGAUAUGCUAAGGUUUUCAAAAAGUCAAUAUCUUCGUUCCAGUAUAAUGGUUAUUGAUAUUUCAGAGUUGAUACCACAGUCAUAUUGAGAAUUAAUGACAUGCAGAUGGUCGACAAGCCAUUUUCCUAAAUGGCGCAAAGUUUAGACUCAUCGUCUAGAGGACAAAGACGAGGAAGAGGUUAUGGAAGAGGUAGAGGUUAUGGAAGAGGUAGAGGAUAUCAAUCACGAAGCGAAUCAGAUUGCCGGCGAUCUAAUAGCAGUUCUAUCAGAGCAGGAAGGAAACCUUGGCGGCUAUUGUUUGGAUUCAGGAGGCUCACAGAGUUGAAAGAUAAAGAAUCAAAUGAAAUUCUUCUACACUGCACUUCAAACAAGGACUGUCUGGAAGAUGCCCUUAACGAUACGGACCACGACGAAGAGAUGUUUUGUCUUAUUUUGAAAUGCUGUGCUAAAGCAUGUCAGUGUGAAUCAUUAUCACAAAAGCUGUUGGAGUUUCUUGUAACAUUAGAAGAUUCCAAAUUCCUAAAAGAAACGCUUACUGACUAUAUUAUUGAUCUUAAACAUUUACCUUCGUCAGAAAUUGAGUUACACGAAGACAGGCUAGUAGACAUAAUGAUGAUUUUCGCCCAAUUGAAAAUGAAAGUUCCUCAUGCAAUGUUGCUUUCUUUAGGAGUAUUAGCUAUGUUAGAGGAAGUUCUCCAAGCAGUCGAAUAUGAAUGUGGUGUGGUCAGUCAUAAACUUGCUGCUGCCUACAAAGAAUGGAAGGAAGCAAAACAAAUUACUGUCAAGCAGAAACCAUCGAAACAAAAUAAGCGAUAUCUGUCUAACGCUGAAGAUGAAUGGCUGCCACCAGAAAACUUUAGAGAAAUUCCUGUCUUUCCCGAAUCAAUUGACAUUAAUGUACAAGAUUUGCCGUUCUUACGCCGCAACAAAGUUGAAGGUCGUUAUCAUGACCUGAAUCACUAUUUAGAUGUGCAGUUCCGUUUAUUAAGGGAGGAUUUCAUUGCUCCACUCAGGGAAGGUGUCAAAGAAUAUAUAGAAGCUAUUAGUACUAAUGGAAAAACGACGAGACUGCAAGAUGUAAGAAUAUACACAGAUGUCCAAAUAAUUAGUCCAAUUUGUAGCAACUUAGGAUUAUGCCAACGUGUCACAUUCACGUGUCCUGGUUUUAAUCGUAUACGGUGGGAAUCAACAAAGAGACUCAUUUUUGGUUCAUUGGUUGUUUUAUCCGCAGAUAAAUUUGACACGUUCCUUUUUGCUACUGUUGCAAACCGUGAUUUAAAAGAUGUAAGAAAGGGACUUGUUGAUCUUCAGUUUGAAAGUGAUUCUCAGAAACUAACAUCUGUUCGUCCAGGAACCAACUUCGUCAUGGCAGAGACAAGUGCAUAUUUUGAAGCAUAUCGGCACGUACUGCUUGGCCUACAGAACAUGAAAGAGGGAGACUUGCCUUUUGAGAAGUAUAUUGUACAUUGUGAAGUGAAUGUUAAGCCACCAGCCUAUCUUUGUCGACAGCCAUCUGCUCGAAUGGAUCUUCGUCCUUUGGUCGAUGAAGAUAUUUGGUUGAGAGAUGAGAGUCACCAACCUGGCCGACGCGUACAAGAUGCUUCAAAGCCUGUCUAUACAUUCAGUGCCAGGGCAAACAUGGCGAAUAAUAUCAAAGUUACAGAUGAAACAUACUGGCCAGAUCCAGGGCUAUUGCACCUGGACAAUUCUCAGUUCGAUGCCGUUCGCACGGCUCUUUCAAAGGAAUUUGUGAUCAUUCAAGGACCCCCAGGUACAGGGAAGACGUAUAUUGGACUAAAGAUAGUAAGAGCAUUGCUCCACAACAAGUCAUUGUGGACUACAGAUUCCAUUACAAGAGAACAUAACAACAAGCCACUUUUAGUCGUGUGUUAUACAAAUCAUGCUCUUGAUCAGUUUUUAGAAGGCAUUAUAAACUUUUACAAAGGGGAUGUCUUGCGUUUAGGUGGGCGAAGCUCUAGUGAGGUAAUGAAAAAUUAUAGCAUUGCCAACAAGCGUGAAGCACUGAGAAGAAACCGGAGUAUACCUAGAGCCAUCUAUGUAGAAAGAACUAAAACAAGAAUUAGAGUAAAAGCUCUUAGAACUAGUAUCAAUUUUCUAGCAGCGAGAAUAGAAAGUGCAAAAAUUAAUAUAUUACACGAGGAAUGUCUUCAAGCAAUUAUUAGCCAAAAACAUUUUAGGAAUUUGAUAAGUGGAUAUGAACUUAUUAAGUUUCAAGAGAACACCAGAUACUUUCGGAAUGCUAGAAAGCAAAAGGAAUCUGCUUUAAUUGAAUGGCUAGGAUACGGACAAUUUUUACAACAAAACACUAAAGAAAAGAUACCAAACACCAUAAGUAAAGACAGAGAAACAACAACCGAAGACGAUUUAGUAGACGUUAUAAAUGAAAUUGAUGCAGAAACUCAGCAAAGGCAAACAGAUGGUUACAACGACGGUGAAAAUGUCAAUGAAAACGAAACUAUUGCAGAGGUUACUGAUAUCCUUUCCCGCUUAGGGAUCGGUGAGAAUACUGUUGCUAUUAAUGUAUCUGAAAUGGAUGACGAUGAAGCAAUAACUCCUGAAAUGUCUUUCCGAUCAAAGAACAAUUCAAAUGAAUGGGAAAUUCAAGGUAGACAUUGGAAACUCAUGAAGAAAAAGCUUAAACAACAACUUCGUUCUAAUGAAUCUAUGAAUGAUACAGAAGUUUCACAAAUCCGUGAUAUUUGGAAUUUGUCUUCCGAAAAUAAAUGGCGGCUUUAUCGAUACUGGAUUCUUCAGUACUGUAACAUUAUUCAAAGAAAAAUCGAUCAAAAUGAAGAGGAAUUUAAGAAUGCAUGCAAAGCACAUAUAGAAAUACAGAUGCAAGAAGAUAAAGAUAUAAUGAAACACGCCACUGUUAUCGGCAUGACAACUACAUGCGCGGCAAAAUAUCAACCAGUACUUAAAGAACUUGGACCAAGAAUAAUUGUAGUAGAGGAGGCGGCAGAGGUUCUUGAGGCUCAUGUGAUUACCACUUUGAGCAAACAAUGUGAGCAUCUGAUUCUAAUUGGCGACCAUCAACAGCUUAAGCCUAACCCAACAGUGUAUAAACUUGCACUGAAUUUUAACCUUGAUUUGUCUUUAUUUGAAAGAAUGAUAAAGAACAAACUCGAAUAUAAUUGUCUUGAGCAACAGCAUCGCAUGCGUCCAGAAAUCGCAAAAAUCAUGAAAAUUAUAUAUCCACGUUUGUUGAAUCACGAAAUUGUUCACACAUAUGAGGAUAUAAAGGGCGUAUCAAAAAAUGUAUUUUUCGUCAACCAUUCUGAAAAAGAGUCUUCAGAUGAAGAAUCCAGAAGCCGCUCUAACCAACACGAGGCAGAAUAUAUCGCCGGACUAUGUAAAUACUUACUAUUACAAGGUUAUUCUCCCUAUCAAAUAACAGUUUUAACAUUGUAUUCUGGACAACUUUUCUGUCUUAAACAAAAAAUGCCAAAGUCAACUUUUAAUGGUGUCAAGAUAACAGUUGUCGAUAAUUUCCAAGGAGAGGAAAACGAUAUCAUAAUAUUGUCCUUAGUCCGGAGCAAUGAGGCAGAUAACAUUGGUUUUCUUAGUAUCGAAAACAGGGUGUGCGUAGCAUUAUCUCGUGCAAAAAAAGGAUUUUAUGUAAUUGGAAAUUUUGAAAUGCUAGCACGAACAAAUCAAUUAUGGAAGUCAAUCAUAAGCCUUGCUAAAGAUGAUGACUUUUUAAGUGAAGGCCUGACGUUAUACUGCCAAAAUCAUCCUAAUGAUAAAGGAAUCUACGCAAAGAUAGGGAGCGACUUUAAGAAAGCACCAGAAGGUGGCUGCUUAAAACCCUGCGAUGUACGCCUCAGCUGCGGGCAUACUUGUACAAGGGCGUGUCAUGUAAGCGACAGGAAACAUGAACAAUUCAAAUGCAUGAAACCUUGCGUAAAAAAAGCAUGUAAUUUAGGACACCGAUGCCAGGGACGAUGUAGUCACAAAUGCCCUCCAUGCAUGUUUCUUAUCGCUAAAACGUUACCCUUAUGUGGACAUAUUCAAAAUGUUCCAUGUUCUAUGGAUCCCUUAAAAUGGAGUUGCACAGAUAAAUGUCAGAAAAUGUUAAAAUGCAAUCACUUAUGUGGAAACCUUUGUGGAGAAAGUCAUACAGAUAAAUGUCAAGAUUUAGUAGAAAAGGACUGGUCAUGUGGACAUUCUGCAACAAUAGAGUGUUACAGGUCAAACAUGCAAUGUCCGUCAGUUUGCAAAAGUGAACUUGGCUGUGGUCAUUUAUGCAAAGGAACUUGUGGCCAGUGUUUUCAAGGAAGACUUCAUAAAGCAUGCAAACAGAGAUGUAAUCGUACACUUCUUUGUGAUCAUCCUUGCAAAAACUUUUGUUCAAAUUGCCCUCCGUGUACACUUAAGUGUGAAAACCGUUGUAUUCAUAGUAAUUGUCAGAAAACUUGCGGCGAACUGUGUAUACAGUGUAUCGAGAAAUGUGAAUGGCAAUGUCAACACUUUCGUUGUACCAAAUUAUGCAGCCAGCCAUGCGAUAGACCAAGAUGUAAUCAACGAUGUAGAAAUCCAUUAAAAUGCGGUCAUCGAUGCAUUGGAGUAUGUGGCGAGCCCUGUCUAACUUUAUGCAAGAUAUGCAACAAAGAUAAGGUUACUGAAAUAUGUUCCGAAUUACACGACAAGCCUAAUGCGCUUUUUGUUCAGUUGGAAGACUGUUCUCAUGUUUUUGAAGUAGAUUGGCUUGAUAGAUGGAUGGACAAUGAUAGCCAAACACGCGAAAAAACACCAGUUAAGUUGAAAGAGUGUCCAAAAUGCAUGAAGCCAAUUAGACGAAAUGUUAGAUACGGUAACCUGAUAAAGCAAACUUUGAACGAUAUUGAAACUGUAAAAAAAAAGUUAGAGCAAAGAAAAUCCGAGCUGGAGUAUUCCUCACUACGAAAAUCUAGAUCAUUAGUUUCAGCUGACCGCAGGAUAUUCAACGAACAAUACUCGAGAAAUCAGAUAUCAUCCCAAAAUAAUUUUGCAGCUGUAGAAAAUCAGAUAAGAUGUUUAAUAACUUUGUCAGAAAUUAAAGAGAAAUACCAAAACGAAGUUGUUCGAUCAAGAACAGAAGGGAUAUUAAAUGCAUUGCAACAAAUAGACGAAGUACACGAUUUCAUCAUCAAAGAUCGAAGCUACUUCACUCUCCAGGAAACAGAUGAUAUAUUGAGAGAAAUGGAAAGAUUCAAUCUUUUACUGAAAUUUUCACAUCUUAAAGAAUGGAAAUUGAAAUCUGACAUUAAAAUGGACGCGUCCUUUGAUGUAAAUCUAGGAAGAGUGAAGAGAUACCUGACAGAUGGAAAUCAAUUUAUCGAUCGAAGAAAGGUCUUUGUUACUAAAUUUCUCAAGGUCGUUGAAGACCUCAUACCUCGAUCGGGUCUUGAUAUAUCGGACAGGGAGAGAACAGUAUUGGUCAACGCAAAGCAGCUGUUCAAAGGUUAUUGGUACAAAUGUAAAAAUGGUCAUGUGUAUGCAUUCAGUGCCUGUGGAGGUGAAACUGAAGGAAGCAUUUGCCCAGAAUGCAGGACGACAAUUGUUGGAAGGAGCCAUCGAUUGAGAGAAAGAGCGGAAACGAUGUUGUAAGAAUAGAUGGUGCCAGACAUCUUUCCUAGUCGGAAUAAUAAGGAAAAUUAUGACCCGUUUCAAAUCGGAAAUUGAAGUAGAGUCGAAAUGGAAUUCUAAUGUAUAUAUACUAAACAAAUGAUAAUGAUAUAGGAGUAGAUUCCAAUGAAAGGGAUAUCAAAUAUUCAAAUAAUCCUAUAACCAGAAAUGUUUUAUUUUAUUCGCUUGUUUCUAUGUCAAUAAAUGUGCCUUUGCUA